GAAGAAUGCGAUUGGUGUAUGACAUUUGACGUAAUUUAUUUUGUAUUUAGAAUUUUUGGAUUAUUAUUGGAUUCGACCCCGAUUCACCCUAAAAUUUAAAAUGUCUGGUUCCCUUACAGGGAUUGUAACCCACACGAGGAAGGUUCAAAGUUUGUAUAAAAGGACUCUACGUGAACUGGAAAAUUGGUAUGCCGACAGAAUAGCGUUCAGAUAUAAUGCCGUUCUGAUGAGGCAGAGAUUCGACCAAAAUAGCGACAUCAAAGAUUUGAGAAUAGCCAAAGAUUUGCUGGAGAAAGGCGAAGCAGAAUUGUUCAAUAAUCAACAUACGCAUCCAAGGAAAUUUCCUCAAUCGCCCGGUGGGGUCGCCUUCGAACGUGAAGUCAUCCCUCCCGAUUGGGUUCUCGACUACUGGCAUCCCUUGGAGAAGGCCCAGUAUCCGGAGUACUUUGCGCGAAGGGAGCUGAGGAAGAAGGAGUUCGUGAAAAUGUGGGAGGAAAAGUACGGCAAAUCGUCCACGUUCACGCCGCAUUAAUUACACUCGUGUGUUUCAUCGGUAAAAAGUUAUUGUAGAUAAAUAUAUUAUUUUAAAAACUGCAACGCAAAAACAAUUUCGUAAUCCU